AUGUCGUCUGCUGUAGCAGAACUGGAUAACUAUCUCCAGUCGAUGCUGGCACUCAAGCCACCGGGUGUAUCGGGAUCCAAAAUCAACAGUAUCACAUCGCUGUGCACGGCCAAUGUCCAGAACGAAUCCGUGCUCAUCCAAAAGAUCUACACUCACUUCAAGAAAGCACCAGGAACACACAAGCUGGGCGUACUCUAUGUCGUAGACUCUGUAACUCGACAGUGGGUAGAACAAGCGCGCAAGGCAGGGCAAGCAUCUGGUAAUGCUGCCCCUGAUGGGAGCUUCGCCGCUGGUGUCAACAGAGUGACCGAGCUGCUCCCUAUCCUGAUGACUGAUAUCAUAAACAACGCUCCCGAAGAUCAAAAGGAAAAGAUAAAGAAAUUGGUGGACAUCUGGGAACGCGGAUAUACCUUUCCUGCCCCCAUGCUUGCCUCAUUUAAGGAAAAACUAAAUGCGCCCCCGUCGCAAAAUAUCGAAUCCACCACUCCCGAAGGCUCCCCAGCCCCCAAUAACCUCUCUCUUGGUGGUGCUGCUCAGCCGACCAAUGGCACGACUUCGUCCAGUAUGGGACAACAAGCGCCCGACACGUCCAGUAUCCUGAAAGCCCUGGCGGAUAUGGCUAAACAGAACACUGCCGCACCAGCUACACCCGCUGUCGCGGCGCCUGCCAAUCCUCUUAAUGCCCUAAGCCAGCCAGGUACGGUUUUGCAGACCAUGCCGUCUUCUGUAGACCAGGCAUCACAACCCCCGAACGGGCAGGCUGGUGUAAAUCCUUACGCUCCUGGUACUAUGGUUACCCCCUUCGCAGCUCUCGGUAACGUUGCCCAAAACCCAGCCUUAGUGCCCCAGAGUUCAAGUCAGAGCCAUACUCCUAAUCCCCUGGCGACGGCCCAAAACCCCUUGGCCGCGCUAUUGCCGCACGCGACUGCAGCACCAGCUCAACCAAAUUCGGUAGGACCAGAUGCACUGCAACAGCAACUUCAGCUCUUACAGCUGUUGUACGCUCAAGGUAUUCCCCAAGAACAGUGGGGCACUGCUCUGCAGAUACUCAGUCUUUCAAACGCCUCCAAUAUGGGCGCGAUGAAUCCUGGCCAAGCUCCUCCGCCAUUCAAUCUUGCGGCAGGUCAGAAUAUCGGCGCCUGGGGCGGCCGCCCGGACUCUCAACCACGUGACUACGACCGAGAUCGGGAGCGCGAUUACAUGAGGUCACCGCCAGGUCAGUAUGGUCGUCGUCGCUCGCAUUCUCCAGGCUAUGAUCGCCGUCGGGAAGUUUCCCCUCCCCGUCGUCGUGACAGUCCCGUUUAUGGGGAGUAUCACGGAGACUCUCCUGGUCGCAGGGGCGGCGACCCUCGUGGUCGACGCAGCAAUGAAUAUCGCCAACGCAGUCCUCCCGGCCGCAGACGCCGGUCUCCCUCUCCUGCUCGCAAGGAUUCUGCAUUGCCUCCUCCUGGGCCCAAAUUCAUGGAAUGGGAUUAUUCUAUUGGUCAGGGCAACAUCAAAGUUUUAAGCCGCACCUUGUUCGUGGGUGGCGUCACGUCGUCUGAGGCUCACCUUCGCUCCCUAUUUAGCAAAUUUGGAGUGGUUCAAACUUGCAUUGUCAACAUUGACAAGCGGCAUGCUUUCAUCAAAAUGAUCAGCCGUCAAGAUGCUGUAAAUGCUAGGGACGGAAUGGAAUCAUACAAAUCUGGCGACAUGCAGCUCAGAACUCGAUGGGGUGUUGGAUUCGGGCCUCGUGACUGCAGUGACUAUCAGACCGGAAUAAGUGUAAUUCCCAUCGAACGACUGACUGAGGCGGAUCGCAAAUGGAUGCUUACCGCAGAAUACGGUGGCACGGGUGGGAGGCCCAUUGAGUCUGGCAUGGUUGUGGAGGAGCCAGACAUUGAGAUUGGUGCUGGUGUUUCUUCGAAGGCGAUUAGCAGAAGAAUUGCUACCGAUACUGGCGGCAAACGCGGACCAGUCUCCUCCCGCGGGCAGCAGGAUCGGUUCCGCCGUCCAGAACGUGAAGGACCCCCAGCUGCAAUGGGUGGUGGUCCUGGUUCAGACCGUGAUGUCACGAAUGCCAACAACGUCGGCGUGCCUCCUGCAGUGCCUGGUUUUGGUUUCUCUUUCCCAACGAUGGGAAUGUUUCCCCCUGGUUUCAUGAUGGGAGGACCACAGGCCGGACCGCCCGGCGGUGGCUCAGCACAACCACCACCUCCAAGUCAAUGA